ACUAUAAAAACGUGCUUCUUCUUGGAGGGAGAGGGAGAGGGAGAGGGAGAUGGAGGGGGUAUCUUAUGCGCGCAUGCCCAGAGUGAAAAUCCGAGAGCUGAAGGACGAUUACGCGAAGUUCGAGCUGAGGGACACGGACGCGAGCAUUGCGAACGCGCUGCGGCGCGUGAUGAUAGCGGAGGUGCCGACCAUAGCGAUUGACCUGGUGGAGAUCGAGGUGAACUCGUCGGUGCUGAACGACGAGUUCAUCGCUCACAGGCUAGGGUUGAUUCCACUGACGAGUGCGCGAGCAAUGUCCAUGCGCUUCUCACGUGACUGCGACGCCUGCGACGGAGACGGUCAGUGCGAGUUCUGCUCCGUCGAGUUCCAUCUCAGGGCCAAAUGCAUGACUGACCAGACCCUUGAUGUCACCAGCAAGGACCUCGUCAGCUCCGACCACACCGUCGUUCCCGUCGAUUUCUCUGAUUCUUCUGGCCUCGAAUCCUCUGACAACAGGGGGGUUAUAAUUGUGAAGUUGCGGCGAGGACAAGAGCUGAAGCUGAGAGCAAUAGCUAGGAAGGGGAUUGGCAAAGAUCAUGCAAAAUGGUCGCCGGCAGCAACUGUCACUUUCAUGUAUGAACCAGAAAUUCACAUAAAUGAGGAUUUAAUGGAGUCCUUGACACUUGAGGAGAAAAAAGAAUGGAUUGAUAGUAGUCCCACCCAAGUGUUUCAAAUUGAUCCAGUGACGCAACAGGUCACGGUGCUUGAGCCUGAGGCAUACUCUUAUGACGAUGAGGUGAUUAAGAAAGCUGAAGCUAUGGGGAAGCCCGGGCUUGUAGAAGUCACAGCAAGGCAGGAUAGCUUCAUAUUCACAGUAGAAUCUACUGGAGCAGUUAAAGCUUCUCAAUUAGUACUGAAUGCCAUUGAAAUUCUCAAGCAGAAGCUGGAUGCUGUGCGGCUAUCUGAAGAUACGGUUGAGGCUGAUGAUCAGUUUGGUGAGCUAGGUGCACAUAUGCGAGGAGGAUGAUCAAGUCUAUUGCAAGGAUUUCGCUUUGUUUCCCUCAAUUUCUAUGUUGCAUGUUGUUUUUAAUUGAAUAGCUGCAGCAUGUGCUAACUCAUUGAACCAAAGAUGCUAGUUGUUAUUCUUAUUAUUAUCCCUUGAAGGUAGACAAUUAUAUCUUUCAAACUAAUGUUGGCUUACCAGAAACAGUGGCUAGCAUGGGGUGUAUAUUUUCCAAUCUAUUAUACGCACCCACACACAUGUAGCCUCUUAUGACCUGGCAUGGGGAGAGGGAUGGAUUAAGUGUAGUCUCCCAAUGAACUUAGAUCAAUUCAGUUGAAGCUUUCGAAGAUCUGGACCGAGAUUAUGCUAUACUUGUUUUUAAUUGUCAAAAAGGAUAGUUCAUUAAGAUUUUUUUGCUU